GCGGUGGCUGCGAGUCGCAAGAGCUCGACCGGCAGCUCGUACACGACCCCGACCGCCUCCUUUUUCAGGGGUUUCGGUUUCCGGUUCGGAUACCCGUUCGCAGGGACGAGGCGGUUUUCUCCAUCCCCCGUGUAUCCAGUCCCUCUCUUUCUUUCUUUAUCUAUCUGUACCUUUCUUAUUAUAUCCGUUUACCUCUUUUCUCCACUCCUGUUUCUCUGAUCUUCCGUAGUUUCCCUUCUGCCAACUGCCGUUGUCUCUCAGUCUAGCGCGAGUUUUUCAGUCUAACGCGUUCGACCGGACUUCGCGGCGUAUAUCUUGUGCGUGCGGUCUGUACGGGAGGUUACGCGUACCCUCCCCCCCUCCGCCUCCCUCACCCCCAUUUCCGUCGUCGUGCUCGUCGUCGCCGUAAUCGCCGGCAUCCAUCGUCACGGAUUACUCACGUUCGCGUUCAACCUGUUCGUGUUCAACUCGGUGCACCACGAUGCGAGGUAGAUACGUGCACGCAAGAGGUACGAUUUGGCCAGACGAAAGCAAUUACGGAUAAAGGAAUAAAGCAAGCAGCACGAGCGAAGCGACGAGGACGAGAGGCGGAUGGGAGUGCGGAGAAAAAGAAGGGAUAGCCGCAACAGGACAGGAAGAGCGGCGGUGGUGAAUACGGAUAUACGAGGAUGUAAAUUCGCGCGAACGCGUGAUCCGUGUUGAAGGAAACGAGUGCGACGUGAGAAAGAGAGUGUGCGAGAACAGAGCAGAAAUCAGGAGAGGAAGAAAAAGCCGCGCGCGGGCAAGAACGGCGAGGAGAACGGCGAAUUCGUUGCCUAUGUGGAACGGGCUGCUGGCAGAGGGAGCAGCCACGCUCCGCGAAGUUGCCUAGAUACCGGGCAACACCGUGUUGCGCUCCGGUGAAGUAGGAGGCAGCGAAGGAGGCGGAGGUGGUGGUGCUGCUCCGCGGAAGGAUGGAACGCGCGAUGGACUGUAGUGAGACGAGGAAGACGAUUGCCGGCCAGGCCGCGAACGCAGGAUCCCCCGCGAGAAUGCUCGAAACGCUGGGAAGCACCAUCGCGCGAACGUAGCGCGUUCUCUCUGCGAACGAUAAAACGCCGCCGCCGCCUUUCAACGAUCGAGACCUCGCGAAUACGCACAACCGAGGCCCGCGGAAGAACGCUUGGUUAUGACGGCGAAGUCGGGGGGUGCGUUAGCGAGGGCAUCGAGUAUCGAUUAGCGGACGAUUCGCGCGGAAUUGAACUCGACUCGUGACACCCUGCUGUGAUGAUGAUAAUAAUCAGUGACGCAGCGGGCGACAAAGCGCUACCGGGCGAUACUCGCGGCGGUGACCGCUGCGUGUAGAAGUGAACACGCAAAAUUGUGCAGUGCAUCACGGUCACGACGGGGCACGUCGGGACCGGAUAGAUGAACAUCGGCAAGUCGGUGUCGUACCUCGACCUGGGCCUGCAAAAUUCAUCUGCCAUGGCGCACCAGGCAAGAGGUCUACCGCAGUUGCGAAUAAAGUUUUAUAAUACGAUCGCCGCCGGUCUCCAAAUAGUCCUCUUGCUCACCGUCCUACCUCAAGAAAGCCUUUGCGGGCGCCACGAGAAACGCUUAUUGAAUAACCUGCUGGCAAAUUACAACACCUUGGAGCGACCGGUCGCGAAUGAGAGCGAACCACUGGAGGUGAAGUUUGGCAUCACUCUGCAGCAAAUCAUCGACGUGGAUGAAAAGAACCAAAUACUUACGACCAACGCGUGGUUGAAACUGGAGUGGACGGACUACAACCUUCAGUGGAACGAGUCCGAGUACGGCGGAGUGAAGGACCUUCGAAUUACGCCGAACAAGCUUUGGAAACCGGAUAUCCUCAUGUACAACAGUGCGGAUGAGGGUUUCGACGGGACGUACCAAACAAACGUGGUGGUCACGCAUAACGGCAGUUGCCUGUACGUCCCUCCGGGCAUCUUCAAGAGCACAUGCAAGAUAGACAUCACUUGGUUCCCCUUUGACGACCAACACUGUGACAUGAAGUUCGGAUCCUGGACCUACGACGGCAACCAGCUCGAUCUGGUACUCAACUCAGAGGAGGGUGGUGACUUAUCCGAUUUCAUCAUGAACGGGGAAUGGUACCUCAUCGGUAUGCCGGGGAAGAAGAACACGAUAAUGUAUCAAUGCUGCCCGGAGCCGUACGUUGACGUCACGUUCACGAUACAGAUACGCAGGAGGACCCUCUACUACUUUUUCAACCUGAUCGUGCCCUGCGUACUGAUAUCGAGCAUGGCCCUACUGGGCUUCACCCUGCCGCCCGAUUCCGGCGAGAAGCUCACCCUAGGAGUGACCAUUCUACUGUCGCUGACAGUUUUCCUGAACCUCGUGGCAGAAAGCAUGCCGACGACUUCGGACGCUGUCCCUUUAAUAGGAGUGACCAUCUUGUUAUCGCUGACGGUGUUCCUGAACCUCGUCGCCGAGACCCUGCCCCAGGUCUCCGACGCAAUACCCCUGUUAGGAUCAUACUUCAAUUGCAUCAUGUUCAUGGUGGCGAGCAGCGUCGUGCUCACCGUUCUGGUGCUCAACUAUCAUCACAGAUCGCCCGACAGAUACGUGAUGCCAAACUGGGUGAAAAUAGUGUUUCUACAAUGGCUGCCGUGUGUGUUGCGCAUGAAUCGGCCGGGCAAGAAGAUCACGAAGAAGACCAUUCUCAUGAGUAAUCGGAUGAAGGAGCUGGAGCUACAGGAGAGAAGCAGUAAGAGUUUACUGGCGAACGUUUUAGACAUCGACGAUGAUUUUCGCCAUGGGAACAGCGCCGCCAAUCCUGCCUCGGGCUAUAUAAGCAGGUCGGCGUACGGUACACCGCUAUCGACCAGGCCGGCGACGGUCGAGGAGACUUCGGCGUCGCUGCCUCUCAGCGGAAUGCAGAAGGAACUUCACACGAUUCUCAAGGAAUUGCAGUUCAUCACUAGCCGCAUGAAAAAGGCGGACGAAGACGACGAAGUCAUUAGCGACUGGAAGUUCGCCGCCAUGGUGGUCGACAGACUAUGCCUGUUCGUCUUCACGUUAUUCACGGUUUUGGCUACGGUGGUGAUACUGUGUCGCGCGCCACACAUAAUCGUCCAGUAAUAGACUGCCCCGGUCAAACCGAAAAAAUACACAAAAUAUGCCAAGGAUAGCGCCUCCUGGAAUAUUCGGAACGAUGCCCGGCACGAUUCGAGGAGGCGGCUACACAGAGCACGUCGAAGUGAGAGCGAGGGAAGGCGCGGGGAAAAUAAAAAAAAAGAGAGACGGACUCGUUAGCCCAUUUUGCGCCCUUCUGCGCGCGACUUCCCCUUCCCGAAGGGGAAACGAGGGUACGCAUUCUUGCGUUCUCGGAUUCCUCACAGCUGGGAAUCAGCGCCGGUUUGUGCGACCAGCCAGCGGUUUUCUUUUCGCGACGUGCUUUCGCUUAGACGCGAAAAGGGGAGGCAAGCAAGAGUGAGACCACCACGACGACGUUCAUAGGAAAAGCUACGGGGGGGAGGGGAAGGAUCGACUUCCGGCAGCGGCAGCGGCGGCGGCGGCGACGGCGCACGGACGCUGUCGUAGUUUUUCUAGCGGAGGACACGCCUGGGAAACGUUUCCGGAUUCACAAGAAGAGUAAACACGAAAUGGAAUGGGAACAAGGAUCCGAUCGCCGACGUCACGCUCCGUUACGGCUGCGUUAUUUCGUUUAAGUGACUUAAUUAACAUUUCUAGUGCGAAACCGGUAGGUAGUCGACGCGCGACGCGCGACGCGAGCUGAACGGAGAGAUCUCUAGAGGGCUGCCUCUAGAUCGCGUAGACGAAGGUAGGUGCAGGCGAAAGGGAAAGAGAGAUUAGCACGCGCUGUCGAGUGGAUCUAAUUGCGUUUCGCGAGCUCUCAUCGAUCGCCUGCCUUGUCGAUCGGCGAUCGCCGCGUAUUAAUUGUCGUUUGAUGCGAUCGCGGAUCGAUCACACUCGACGAUCGAUGCGAUUUCGCGCGCGAGCGACAAGUCGACGGCGUCACGAGACAAAGGAGAUCGCGCAGUCCUCGGAAGAGCGUUGUUGCGGCCUUUCGAUAAUAGUAACAAUAACGAUAAUAUUUCUUAUAAUAAUGAAAAUAAUAAUUAACGAUAAUUACCGUUAGUCGCUUUGCGCGCGCGCAUGCACGUACGCACGCACGCACGCACGCACGCACGCGCGUUACGACCGAGUCGUAAAUUAAUUAACGUUGCGAUCUGUUGAGGGUCUCUCGUAGGGAACCGAGACGGACUUAAAAAUAAACUGCCAAAUAGAAAACUCGAGUCAGGGGUGUUCAACCUUUUCAAACGGAAAAUAGGAAAGUAAAGUGCGGCCUGGACGAUCGACAGGGUGAACGCACGCGCGGUACCGCGACCAAUGGCAAGAGCCUUGUAACAAGGGUGACCCGUCGUCACUGUUCCGCUUCGUUCGACGGACCUUUUAUUUUUUUUCCCCCGUCGUGCACGAUCCGCGGGUAACGAACGACGAUUUAGCGGCGCGCCUCUCUCCGGAGACGAGAGCCUGAAACUCGCGGCCGUCAACGAUCGCGCGAUCGACCCUCCACACGCUCGAUAUAUUUUUCCACGUUCCCCCGUUGUAAAAUCCUCCUAUUAUCACGUGCUCGAAAGCUGACGUACGCGUAACCACAAACAAUCCUCCUCCCUUCCCUCAGCACUCCGUGUUCCGCGAAACUCGUCAGAUAUUUUCACACCGCGUAUUAUCACGGUGUGACGUGUGUUUGUGUGUGUGUGUGUGUGUGUGUAUGUGUGUGAUAUGCAUGUGGGUGUAUGCGUGUAUGCUUGUGCGUGUGCGUGCGUGUGCGUAUGUGUGCGUUUGUGUGUAUGGAUGUGGGUACACGCGAGAGAUAUACAAGCGCACAAGAGCGGUUGACGCGUCGCUUAUUCAGCCGAUCGACGGAGGAGGGUCGAUCUAUCGAUCGGCCGCUCAUUCGUCCGGAUCGUACGAGCCGCACGAGCACGCAGCGUAUAAAUCAGCGAGCGAACACACGCGCAUGCAGAGGCGAACGCGACGAGAGCGAGUAAAUCGCGGAAAGGAAAUAAAAAACAAAGAGAGGAGAAAAAACUGCCAAGUUGGACCACCCCUGCUUUCCGUACAGAGUCACGCGUACUCGAGUCCUCGAGGACCUCGGUGAAUCCGUCGUGGAUCGUGAUCGAGCGCUGCGAGAGCGAUCGACGUUAUUACACAUUAAUUGGGGGCCAUGCCUACCGCGACGAUGAUUUAUAUCUCGGUGGAUCGCAUAGUCUCGUUGCUCCGUUAAAUCCUUCGACGACUGUAACUUAAAGUAGCCUUUUAAAGCUUUCCGAACGCUUUUUAACGGUCGUUACUUCCGUUCCGCUCUUUACCAUAAACGGGUCUUGCCACGGUUCAUCGGUGAAGAGAUACAGUCCAAGAUGUGAAUCUAACUCUUCGAUGGCUUAAAGAUUCCACAGUCACGUAAUAUAAUUUUCAUUAAACAACAAUUUUCGCGAACUCAUAAGUUCCAAUUUAUAAAAAAUAAAUUAUAAUUUUUUUAUAUAUUUGUGCGCUGUUUUUUUUUUUUUUUUUAAAUCAAGAAAGUAUUUUAUUUAAGAAGAGAGGUAAUAAAGCAGAAAAGAUAAUUGGAAUUUAUCGCUUCUUUUCCACGGUUUUUUUUUUUCAUUUUUUCAUUGCCGAUCGGAUGUUGGAACGUAAUAUUUGUAAUGCCGCAGUCGAUAAUCCGCGAUCGCUGAGGAUAUAAAAGAGAGCUCGUGACCUCGUGCGAGUUAAUCAAACAAUUAAUCCUUGAGGCACAUGUCGGGUAUCCUCCGACGGCUUCAUUAACGUAAACUCAUCGUCGAGGGCGAGACGGUACUUUUUAAUCGCGUGCGACUGAUUACCGAUUCAAUUAGCAGAUCAGCUCGUUAUUGCAUAUCACAUGUGGAUUGUACGGACCGAUGUUUCAUUUAUGCAAACGAGUUUCGCUGGAUUAUUGUAGUUGAUUUUUCAUUGAAGUUGUUUAGUUUAUCGGCGUCAUACACGCACUUUUUCACGAACUCGUAUUAUUUAGAAAACCUUUAUGCGUAUUUGAUCAGUAGUUACUAUCUGCAGAAGGGACUUGAGUCCUAUUGCACACUUUAAUAUGGCACUAAUCUCAGGAGAAGAUCAGUUCCGUGAUAUAUAGACAUAAAUAAAUAUUAUAAGACUCUUUAACUGCCAACGGGCAAGUGAAUGGUUCAUGUUAACUCAGGAAAGUCUUGUAAUAUUUAAAUGAGCAACUCAUUUUUGUUUUUCCAAAGAAGAACUUUUCAAUUUUCUUUCUUAACAUUGUUCCGUUAUAGUUGACAUGGUAGAGCUAACUGUGCAACACAAAAAUUCGCGUAUUUAGCAAGAUAAUUUUAGCAAAACGUUAAAUUACAGUCGUCGAGGGUCGUGAUAAACAUCCCUGUUCCCAGCCCGCUCUCCCUGCCUCAUUUAACGAAGCUGUACGGAAUGACAGAAUGAUAUGUGAUCGUUCAAACGACGCAAAAGAUGAUACACAGAAGUGAUGAAUAACGUCCGAAGUGUUUCGACCAAAUACUCAGAUAAAUAUGUAAACAUAAAGGAGUAAACGUUUUGCGUGGCGUGGGAGACUCAAGCACAUCCUACAACGAUCGGUUUAGUACAUAUGUGAACAGUGCCCUCGGCUAACACACACACACUAACACACACACACACACACACACACACACACACACACACACACACACACACACACACACACACACACACACACACACACACACAUGCACAGACACACACGUGCACGGAAAACACGCACACGAAAUACACAUUCACACUGAUGAACUGCUUAGAUGUGAGGCAGCGACAGUGUUGUUCAUCGAGCAGACACGGAAAUUGGAUCGUCGACGAUAGUCGAUCGCGUGCCGAUCGGGAUCGUCGAUCGCUCCAGAAUCUCACGGACGACCGUAAAUCGCGCACCGACCACCGGCGAUUCACCGGCGCGGCGCGGAAAGAGUCCGCCAGAGCAAAUCAAAUCAAACCGAAUACCAUUGAGAAUUCGUUUUCCCGAGGAGACGGUUUCAGGGUGAUUAUCUAUCAUUGCCGACAAUCAUUUCGCGGGAACGUAAGUCUGCGGCGCCCAGCGGAGCACGAAACGCACAAACACACACAUACACACACACACACACACACACACGAACGGACGGGAAGGAAUUGUGAUACAAUUGUGUGAUCUUCGGGGCGCACGCGACGGGAAACAGGACGUGGAACAAUCGCGCGACGCGAGAAACAAUUUCGAGCACAACGAAUCGCGAGUAGCAUUCCGUGAGUACAUACGCAGGGAGCGGAGACUGAAGGGCCGUUUACACCACGCGAUUUCUCGACGCGAUUCUGCUAGGAAUGUUGUUAGGAAUAAUCGUUACGAACGUUAUUCUAAAAUCAUAACUGCUUGUUAUAGUAAAUAAGAGCUAGAAUAUAUACCAGAAUAUAUUGCGAUACUUGAUGCGUACUCGCGAUAUGUGUUAGCGUUUAAUUAAAGUAUUGCUAAAGUAUAAACUGCGAUACAGAGGAGAGUGUAGAGGCAGCGCUCGGACUCAAAUGUAACGAGAUAUACGAUUGUAACGUUUGUAAUAAUUCGAGUUGCGUUCGUAAUCAUUGAAUCGUAAUCGUUAAAUCAACUAAUUCGUAAUCACUGACUCAAUAAAUAAUUAUAGUAAUUUGCUCAAUCGACUUGAUAUCCGUUUGAACGGGCUUUGUUAAACCAAGCGUCGGCGGUUUCAUUCUUUCGGGCAAUCUCUUUCGCAAAUUUUCCUACGUAGGUCUACCUUACCAAUUCGACACGGGCUGAUGCGACAUCCCUUAAAAAAAAAAAAUAAAAAAAAAAUAUUAAAAAAUCUGCGGUGUAAACGGACCUUGCAGAAUCGCUGGAACGAUCGACAUCGUACGCGGAUCACCGACGAUUUCGAGGCGGCGCGGUCGAUCGACGGGAGAUUCACCCAGGGCGUCCUCCGAUUUAGUAUAAUUUUCUAAUUCAUUACGCGCGCGCCACGUAAUCGAUAAGUAUACGAGUAAAACGACGUUCGGCCAGGUUGGCGGCCGGUCUGUCAAAAUAAAUAAAAAUAAAAAAAAACAGACGGGUAGACGAGAAUCCGAGGGCGCGUCGCGACGCCGUCGUGAAAUCGGCCGCCGCGGGAGCAAAACCGUCGCGUUAAGAUCGGAAGUUUGGGACGAGGCACAAUCCGCGGUCACGAGUGGCCCACUCGCGAGAAAAUGACACUUGCUACAAUAGUGAUAUCACAGGGAAAGGAAGGUACACACGCAGGCCCGUGUUACCGUGAGCGCGUCCCUCGAACGCUGAGCGCCGCUCGUUCGAUUCCCGAGAUUCACGUCAAUCUCAGAUAUAUACGCGUAUCGUUCACGUUAAGCAAAUCAAAUUUCAGAAUCGGACGGACGUCGUUCGGCGGCGAGGUACAAAUGCGCGAAUAUACGGGCCGCAUCCUCCCGCGUAGACGUAUAUAAUGUGUAUCUUCCGUUGCCGUCUCAUCGGAGAUUUUUUUUAUAUACAUGAGGGCAGAGGCGGCGGGAGAGUAGUGCAUUGUUAAUUCCAAAAUGCUCAUUAAAACGAAUCUAGCGAGUAUACAGCGUAAGAAAAUUUUACAUGGUGUUUGUACGUUUAAGGGACUAAAACGCAUUACGCAGAGGAUCGCUCUGCGAUCGAACCAUCGUACGUAAUUUAACGGGAGCAUUAAAGCAGCGCGAAGAAAUGUAAAAUUACGAGCACGGCGAGCAGGAAAUGUUAUAUAUAUUAUAUAUAUAUUGUAAGUAAGAAAAAAAGAGAAAAAGACACAGACGAGGAGGAGGAGGAGGAGAAGGAGGAGGAGGCGGAAGAAGGAAACGAAUCCGUGUAAACGUUAUAAGCGAAUUAAACUCUAGAAACUCGAUGUACGGUAAUCGUUUGGUUAGUGAAAAGUCACGUGGUUAUUAUUACUAUUGUUUACGCCGAAGGAAGCGACGAUCAUCGUUAGUGCUAUUAUCACACCGCAGGACUAUUACUAUUGAUAUGAUUACCGUUACUAUUUAUCACAACUACUAGCGCUACUGAAUAUUAUUAUUAUGGUUAUCAUUACUACUACUAUUAUUAUUACUAAUGUCGUUACUAACUAUACUACUACUAUUACUACUACCGCUAGAAGCUACACUUACUAUUACCUACCUACCGCUGCUACUAUUGUUACUAUUAUUGCUAACUUCUAACACUCCACCGGGCGUGGAGGAGCGCGCGAAUGUCGCGCGAGGGAUCGCGCACGAUUUUAGCCGUAAGCUAAGCGACCUCGAUUUGCGUUUUUAAUAUUCGAAUUGUGGUAUAUAAUGCGCGGUUAACAGACAGACGGAGCUCAAGCGACAUCACGACAUAUCCCGAAUAAUCGUCGGUCAACUUUAAGGAUUACCCGUGGCAAAAUUGUUACAAUAACGCGCCCGCGCUCAAUCGUGCAACGCGAGCGACGCUUUUGGUGACGACGUAUUCGAUUCCGUAGGCUAUCCGAAUUAAUAGUGGACCGAAGGUAAAAAAAAAAAGCCGGCACGUGUUUACGGCGACGCGACGGCGCGCGCCGCACCAUCAAUUCUUUCGUCGCGUUUCUGAAUAAUUUGAGACUCGCGGAAAAACGUUCUUUCUUUAUCGGCCUUCGUCGAUCGGGGGGGAUGAACGAGUAGAAUUUGAUCAAGUCGUCGCUCUGUUGCGAAUCCUUAAUCUGAAUAACAAUCGCGACGACGAACGUAGCGCGCGCAGUGCUACGUCUAAAUUUGUCGGUUACUCGAUAUUGCGUAAUAAGUUGAAACAUUUGAGGCCGACCAGGGAGAGACACGGUUAUCUUUGCGCGCAAAUUCUCUUCAGCCUGUCGCGAUUCGUUUGGAAAACUUUACUACGUCUGCACGUUUAAUCUUUUCAGUCUCGAAUAAUUUUCCGAUUCAGCAAAAACUAGGUUACGCGGCGCCAUUGUGACACUAUUUGAAGGUGACAGCAUGAAAGAUCUUUAGACGAGAGAAUUGUAGAGUAGAAGUUGUUGCACGAAUGCAACCAACAUUUCUUUCAUAAAGAUACAAGUGUAAAAAUAUAUAAAUAUAAAAAUUGAUAAAUAUAAAAAUUACUAAAAAAAUAUGAAGAAUGAAUAUCGAUUUGUCGAUUAUAACCAUGUGAAUGCAUUUUGCAUUUUUAUUCCGUGAGACGCAGUGGAAAAAAAAAAUUAUCCCCCUCGUAGUAUUAUUCGAGUUCUCUUGAUUCCGACUGGGACUGAAAGGAUUAAACGCUACACCGAUUUUCCGCGCGCGCGGUUCUCUUUCCGAUAGAACGGCUAGAUUUCUCGAUUACCUUCGCCACGAUUAAAAAUAUGAACGAUAAGAAGGGUACGUAUAUAUCGGGUAAGUGUACGCACCUUCGCCGGUACGAAGCUCGCGUUUCGCCCGCCGCUGCGCAAACGCGAGCGGGCGCAUUGAAACAUGAAAAAUCGUGUAAAUAACUUCUGUGAUAAGAAUCGAUUAUUAGUAAUUGCCGAAUGCGAAACCCCUUGAGAACGUCGGCGGAAGCGGCGACGCGAGCCCAAGCCAACGACAAACCGCUUCGUCAAAAGCGACACGAAACAAUUGUUAGCAACAAGAAUAAUUUCAAUAAACGCCGCACGUUGCUUUGUAUUGCUGAAAUAUUUCUCUGCUACGCGCAAAAAUUUUUGAAACAGACGUGUGUCUGCCUUUGCCCUCGAUUUCUACACUCAAAAAAAGAAGUGUUUAAUUUUAAGUCAUUGAAAUGCUUUAUUUCUGUCUACGUUUUGCAAACGCUUAAAAAUAUUUGAGCUUUGCAAACGGUGUUUAAAUUUAAAACACUGAAACGUAUAAGUGAUUAAAAAUUUCAAUUUUAAAUAUUUUGGUGUUUAAAAUUUCAAUACUGUUAAAACUAAAACUAAAACAUUUUUAAGUAUUUAAAAGACGGGGACGAAAAUAAAACAUUUUAAUAUCUUAAAACGUUCUUUUUUUUAGUGUGCUUUACAUUGAAUUGUUCUUUCAAAAAAAAUAAUGAAAAAUGUUUCUUUCAAAAUAUAAAAUAUGAGAUGUAAUGAAAAUGUCACACUUCCCGAUGCACGUACGGCUUCGAGGAUAAUUACUUUGACGUAAAAAAAUACUUGUUAUUUCCGAUUUCCAAAAUAAUUUCCAAGUUUUAAUCCGCCAAACGUUGAGACAGGUGGUGCUAUGUUAGCAUAAUAGACGAUCGACUUGGACAGAUAUCAGAAUAAUAUACGAACCGGAUAAUUGGCUUCGUUUUACAACCGAGAUAAUCGAAUUCUCUGAAUUACUCGAGUCAGUUCCCCCCGUAGUCCGUCCCGUGCCAAAUUAUCUGCCCGCGUCAGACGAGAUUGACAUCAUCGGAUCUUCUUCUUACAGGAAGAACAAUCGGCAUCUUCGCAGCAAUCUUUUACAGGCAAUUUUUCCGCGGCUUUUAUUCUCACGCGUUUCGCAUAUUGAGCGAGCAGCAUAUUAAAAAUAAAAAAGAUCCGCAUGAUACACUAUCGCUUUCGUGUUGCGUGGCGAAGCUUAACGUGUCUUCAUUUGUGGCUAAUUGAGGCCGAUUAGUAGUAGCGGUUCUCGCGUUCCCGACAAACGAAGGCGAGCCGGAAAUGACGGGGCUUAGUCUGGAAAUUGCCAAUCGACGUCUAAUUCGGCCGCUCGCGGCCAAUUUUCGACUCGACGCCGAAGAUGAAGCGGCGACGCGCGUGCUUGAAAUACGAUCGCCCGCGAUCGAGAGAUCGAACGAGAGCCCGAAUUCUUUGAGGAUAGGGUGCAGCGAUUUUCCUCGAUAACUGUGACCAGUCCGCUAAUUGCGGCGCGCCCGCUAAUUACAAGCGACAUCGCGCAAACGAAAGACGCACACGCGCGAUCUAUUUUUACUUUUUUAUAUGGAUACGCGCUUCGUCGCGACCAUAUUCGACGUGGCGUCGUUUUUUCUGAGAUAAGAUACGGCCGCGAGCAUCCGUAAUAAACGAUCGCGACGGCGAGGAAGAGACGGAGAGGAAAGACCUGGCCUGGGCUUCGCGACGUUGCUUCCGAACGUAUAAACGACGCGGAGCGGUCGCGGGGAACACUCGUUAUGCACUUAAGCGACUUUGUUUCGAGCGGUGCAUUAUUAUCGAUAGUGUGUAUAGCCGUGCGCCGUGUGUAUAAUGUAUACAUACACAUGUACUUUGAACAUACGAAUAUAAAUAUAUGAAUAUAGGCGUAUACAUAGAUAACGCAUUAUACAUAUAUACAUAUUAUACAUAUUACAUAUAUAUAUGUAUAUAUAUACAUAUAUAUAUAUAUACACCAUAUAUACACAUAUGUAUACAUAUAUAUAAAUAGCGGAAAACAAUAUUGUAACAUACGAAAAGCAGGAAAAUCUGCUAAAGGUGAAAGAAAAUGCUAUAUAAAUUGACAUUGAACGUUAAACUAAUGGAUAGUACGAACUGUUAAUAAAUUGUAAUAUUAACUAAUUCAUUAAUACUAAAUACAAAGGAAUUGAACUAGGUUACACGGGCAACUAGUAGUCUGUCCCCAAAACAUUCAUCUCUGUUUUCUACGAAACAUGGACUCGCGCGUUGCUUUCGGCAUGCACAUAUACAUAUACAUAUACGUGUGGCUAUAUACAUAUGUAUAUAUAUAUGUGUGCAUGUAUGUAUAUACGUAUAUGGUUUUUCGCCAUAAAAAGUGUCACAUUGGAUUCCUCCUUGAUUUCCGUCGAAUGUAGUAUGUAUAAUCUUUAAUGAUUUGUCGAGAAUUGUUUGUCAAGCUGCUGGCCACGCGAUACACGCCCCGCGAUGCUCUCGUUUAUAUAAUUAUUACAAUUCACAUGUACAUAGGACACAAUAUUGUAUACACACGCGUGCCAAGAAUGAUUUAUAAACGCAAUACACGGCGUGCGAAUCAAAAGGAGUACACGAAAAAGAAAGAAAAAAGAAAAUGAAAGAAGACGGAAGGAAAGGAAAAGGUAACGGUGAGACUGGAAGAGGCUACGAGAAUGUCGAUUGUCGUCGUUCCUCUCCCGAAUUCUGCACUGAUUCUCAAAUAAAAGGUACGGCUUGACCUCACGCACCGACUGCUCGUAUUUUAUUCCUCAGGAAUAAAAGCCGAGGGUGGUUCCUUCCCUUCUCCCAUAAUCCGCGUCCCCGUUCGCUUUCGCUCCAACGAUACGUGAGAUGUGUGAAAGAAAGAGGAAAGAGAAUAAGAAAACGAGAAAAGACCAACAGAAAGCGCCGGAAUUUAUUUCGAGAUCGAACGUGUGUUGAAGUACGAGAAAUGACACAAAGCGCGCGACCAGAUCGUCAUCGACCAUGUAUCGAUAUCGGUGCUACGCACACACGCGUUUUACUAGAAAAAGAAACAAGAAAACACGCGCUCGCACACAUUGCCACACGGAUUGACCAUCGAUGGAUCGAUCCGCAAGCUGUUUUACACGAGAUAGAUACGUAAUGUUACCGCCGUUGUGUAAGUGACGUGCGCGAGACGGGGUGUCAUGUAAGUAAAUUAAUAAUAAUAAUAAUAAUGAUAAUUGACGGAGGAAACAAGCCAGCCGCGCGCGGUAUGCUCAAAAUGUAGAAUAAAGAUUACGACACUGUACAAUGCGUUUAAGGAUAUCCUUAUGUAUAGAUAACACGUUAAUAUGGAGUGUAAAUGUGCGACUGUCGCGACGAAAGCGAGACGGGACUGUUAAAACUUGUAGGAUUAAGCGAGAACGAGAAUUUGGCGAUACCUGCUGCGAUACGUCGCUAUGUAUAGCGUGAAAGAACAAUGCAAAUGCUAAUGCAAAACUCUAUAUGAAUAAUCUUGCGUUCCUAACGAUGAGAACAUUGUCCGAAGAAUAAAUGACGGAUUGACGCUAA